CAAUAAAAUGAAACAAGAAUAUAUUUUUAGUUAUUUUAUAUUAACAAUAUUCAUCCCCCAUUGUCGUGUCGAUGCUAAGAGAUGUAAAAGUUUUGAAUAUCGGUUCAUUAAUCAUAAAGUAUUUUGUGAAGCGGAUUAUGGUGUGACAACUUCAUGUUUGGGACAGCCGUUUCCUGUAAAAAGGGCGCAUGUUAUGUGUGAAAAUAAAUAUCAUAAUGAUCAAAACAUUUCUAUGUUAACCAUUGAGUGCUUAACUAAUGGUACGUGGAGUGAAGAAAUUUUUAAAUGUCGAGCAGAAUGUGACGACACUAACAUUGAAUUUAAUGUGAUUAGCAAUCCCAAAGUCGAAUACCCUCCAUGGUAUGUCGAAAUAGUUAAAUUAACUUCAAAUGGAGUAGUAGAGGAAAUAUACCCUGGAAUAAUUUUAUCAGAACGAAGAAUUUUAGCACAAAAAAAGUAUUUUAAAGACUUGGAGCGGAAGUAUAUUAAAGAAAAUUUUCAGAUACGAAUACCAAGAUUGAAAUAUAAUAAACCUAAAGAGUAUGCUAUAAAUUUUGCGGAGGAUAAAUUCAACGAAUUAAUUUAUGUGUCUGUUGGGAAUGAAAAGGACAUAGUUGAAAAAACCACUGUUAUUUAUAUACAUUUCAAAGAUUAUAUAAGAUAUGAUGAUGUUGUAUUGCCUGCUUGUGACGAAACUUACUCAGAUAAAGACAAGGAAACAUUAAAACUUUUACAUUUUGAAAAGCGUCUCAAAGAUAUCUGGUGGUAUGAAUAUGUAUUACCUAAAUACAAUUAUUAUGAAAAUAACUGUUUAGUGCCACAUAUUAACAGAACUGGAACAGAACUUGCAUGUUUUCAAAAUAACGGUAAUCCAACUGAAUGUUUAAGUAGGGCAAAUAUUGUGUUACUUAGAUGUCACAUAGGUUACGAGCAAAAAAUUUUUCCCGAAGACGAUUACAUAGACAAAUGUCGAUUUGCAAACGAUUGGGCUAAUGAUCUUGAAGAAGGUAAUGACUGUAAUUUGAUUUGUGGAGAGAUCAGUGAAAGCUUUCACCGAAAACAAGUGCCUUUAAUAUAUAGAGGUGAUGAAACUCACAAUGGAUUUGCUCCGUGGCACGUCGCUGUUUAUUAUAAAGAAGAAAAGACAAUUAACCAAAUAUGUGGUGGGAGUAUUAUUCAUUCCAAUAUAAUUCUGUCAGCUGCCCAUUGCUUUUAUAAUGAGGUUUUUGAAAAAGUAGGCGACCCACUAAGCUAUCUUAUAGGAGCUGGAAAGUUUUAUCGGCAAUAUGAAAGACGUGAAGAGUCAGAGUUUUAUUCAAAUGUAAAAAGCAUACACAUUCCUGAAACUUACGAACCAUAUCCAUUACGGGAUGAUAUAGCAGUUUUAAUACUUGAUCACCAUAUGAAAUAUACGCCGAAUAUCAAACCAGUGUGUACUGACUUUAGCUCGAAAACAAUUCCUGGGAAUUUAGAUGGUCAAAUCGUUGGAUGGGGGGCAAAAUCUGCAGAAAAUAACAUGAGUAAUAAAUUAUUAGCUGCAAAUUUAAGAACUUUGACGAGUAGUGAAUGUAAAAUUGUGGUUGGUCCCAAAUAUAAAUCUGAAGUAACAAAUGAUAAAUUUUGUGCUAUAAAUGAACAUAGUUCGACCGCAUGUGCAGGAGAUAGUGGAGGUGGAUACGUUGUAAAGAAAUUCAUUAACAAUAAAGAGCGAUAUUAUUUACUUGGUGUCAUCAGUAGCGGUAUUAACAGUGAAAAAUAUUGUACCGCCGGUUUUACAACGGUGCUUACUAAUAUUUCACUUUACAAGGAUUUUAUUCAAAAUAUCACCAACGUCGGUAGAAAUUCAAUAUUUUUUGAGAAGCAUAUACGUGAGAUUUUUUUGAAUAAUACGUUGGUUGUUAAGAUACUAAAUAAUAGAAAUUAACUGAGAUAUUUAGAUAUUUAACUUUAAAUUUAAUCUUAUUUGAAUAUUUUGCAAAUCAAAUGAAAAAAAUCA